UGAGGUGUAUUCCCACUUCUCCUCUCGCCUCCCCCGGACUGUUGAAUGUGUUUUAUAUCCCGCCGGCUGAAGAAGUCGUCUCAGCAGAUCUGUGGGUUCGGCGGUGGAUCCGUCCGACACCAGAACAGGGAGCAAAUGUCGAAGAAACGGAAAAGUCCUGACGAGCGGGAGCCUCUUCUGACAGGAUGCAGCGUGCAAGGCUUGACCGAUGAGAAAGUGAAGGCUUACCUUUCGCUGCACCCGCAGAUGCUGGAUGAAUUUGUUUUGGAGAGUGUGAGUGCGGAGACGCUGGACAAAUGGCUCAAGAAGAAGACCAGCAGCAGGCCUGCAGAUGACACAUCAGCUAAAGAAGUCAGCAGGUACCAGGACACGAACAUGCAGGGCGUGGUGUACGAACUAAACAGCUACAUGGAGCAGCGACUGGACACUGGAGGAGACAACAAGCUCCUGCUCUACGAGUUGUCCAACAUCGUCAAAGCAGCAACAAAAGCUGAUAGUUUUGCACUUUACUUCUUGGGAGAAUGCAACAAUAGUUUAUGUUUAUUCACUCCAAUGGGGGCCAAAGACGGCCAUCCAAACCUCGUCCCGUCCGGCCCCAUCGCAUACGGGACAACAAUCGCCGCUUAUGUUGCCAAGACUCGCAAAACACUGCUGGUGGAGGACAUCAUGGGGGACGAUCGAUUUCCCGACGGCACAGGGCAGGACUCAGGGAUCCAUGUUCACUCUGUCCUGUGCCUCCCCAUUAUCACUGCCAUCGGGGACCUCAUCGCCAUCUUGGAGUUGCAUCGGCAUUGGGGCAAGGAACCCUUCAACAUUAGUCACCAGGAGGUUGCAACAGCAAAUUUAGCGUGGGCAUCAGUUGCCAUUCAUCAAGUACAGACGUGCAGAGGCCUUGCCAAACAGACCGAGCUCAAUGACUUCCUGCUAGACGUGUCAAAAACAUACUUUGAUAAUAUUGUGGCAAUAGAUUCUCUACUUGAACAUAUUAUGAUAUAUGCAAAAAACCUGGUGAAUGCGGACAGGUGUGCACUCUUCCAGGUAGAUCACAGCAACAAAGAACUGUACUCUGACCUGUUCGACAUCGGGGAGGAGAAGGAAGGCAAACCUGUCUUUAGGAAAACAAAAGAAAUAAGGUUUUCUAUAGACAAAGGAAUAGCUGGCCAAGUAGCUCGGACAGGGGAAGUCUUAAAUAUCCCAGAUGCCUAUGCAGACCCACGGUUUAACCGAGAAGUAGACCUCAAAACUGGCUACACCACGCGGAACAUCUUGUGCAUGCCCAUCGUGAGCAGGGGGACCGUAAUAGGUGUGGUGCAGAUGGUGAACAAGUUAAGCGGAAGUGCCUUCACUAAAACGGACGAGAACAACUUUAAGAUGUUUGCUGUCUUUUGUGCUUUGGCCUUACACUGUGCAAAUAUGUACCACAGGAUCCGGCACUCUGAAUGCAUUUACAGAGUGACGAUGGAGAAACUGUCCUAUCACAGCAUCUGCACGUCAGAAGAAUGGAAGACUCUCACCCAGCUCAACCUCCCAGAACCCAUUUAUAAAGAAAUAGAAACCUUUCAGUUUGACAUCAGUCCCUUUGAGGAGAUCUGGCCGGCUGUUUUUAUCUACAUGGUUCAUAACUCCUGUGGACAGAACAGCUUUGAGCUGGAGAAGCUAUGUAGGUUCACCAUGUCCGUACGGAAAAACUACCGCCGUGUGCCGUAUCACAACUGGAAGCACGCGGUGACAGUGGUGCACUGUAUGUACGCCAUCCUUCAGAAAACAACCGGGACCUUCACGGAGCUGGAGAAGAAAGGUUUGUUGAUAGCCUGCCUGUGCCAUGACCUGGACCAUCGAGGGUACAGCAACGCAUACCUGCAGAAGUUUGACCACCCACUGGCUGCGCUGUACUCCACCUCCACUAUGGAGCAGCACCACUUCUCUCAAACCGUCUCCAUCCUGCAGCUGGAAGGGCACAAUAUUUUCUCCAACCUGAAUUCCAGCGAGUACGAGCAGGUGCUGGAGAUCAUCCGGAAGGCCAUCAUCGCCACCGACCUCGCCCUGUACUUCAACAACCACCAGCAGCUGACGGAGCUUCUGACAGUGGGCGCGCUGGACUUCAACAACUACUCGCACAGGGACCGUGUGAUUGGUCUGAUGAUGACAGCAUGUGACCUGUGUUCUGUUACUAAGCGGUGGCAAGUCACACGGCUCAUCGCUAACGACAUCUACGCCGAGUUCUGGGCUGAGGGGGAUGAGAUGAAGAAAAUAGGAAUUCAGCCGAUCCCCAUGAUGGACAGAGACAAGAAGGAUGAGGUUCCUCAAGGCCAAGUUGGCUUCUACAACUCUGUUGCAAUUCCAUGCUUCUCGACUUUAUCAGAGCUCUUCCCUCCGUCUGGUGCUCUUUUAAAAGCCUGCAAGGAGAACCUGAACCAUUGGGAGCAGAUCGCGCGAGGAGAGGAGGAGGACAUCAUGCCCAGCCGGCCCUCUGAAUCAGGUCCCGUCAAGGUGGAUAACUGACGACCAAAGGGGGGCUGCUGGCCCUGCAAAGAAUCCAAACCGAAUCCUGCCACGCUCCUGAGACUUCGACAGGGGUGACGAC